AUGCCUUCAGAUUUCUCAUGUUUGGGUCUCAAUAGUGGCUUCCAAAGUGAUCAGGUAGCUCAAUGUAAAACUGAACCAUUGUUUAUGAAUGAAUUCUUUGAAUUGUCUGUAGUACCUACUGUAACAUUAUUAGCUAAAAAGCCAUCGGGAGUAGCAGUGAGAAAGUCCUUCGGUCUUUCAAGUCUGCGAUUUUCCGCAAUUUUGGAUAUGCCAGAAUCUGACGACCAUAUAGUAGAAUCGUUACAAUUAUCUUCAGUGUAUGAUCAGGCAAUGCACCAUAAUAUGCUUGUUUAUUCAUAUGAAAGGAUGUUUGAUGGAUUGUACGGUGAAAUGUGCAGAAAUGAAAUGAUUGUAUGUUUUGGUGAACAAGCAGUCAUGAGUGCGAUGGUCAUAUUGUUGAUCCGGAGGCCAGAACUGUUGCAGUAUAUACCGCAUAUUCUCGAAUCGAGUAUUAUGCAAAAGACGAGGGAAGAUUCUAAUAUUCUUUUGAAUCUGGAAUCAGUAAAAUCGGCAAACGAGUCCAAGCAACAAAAGCAGACUACGAAAGAAGCCUUUGCUAGUGAAGUCAAGAACCAGUUAUCAUCGAAGCUAAAACCUUUAAUUUUUUCAUGUACUAGCUUAUCGGACAGUAUUUAUGGUGAUAUGAAUCCUACAGAAUUUUAUCUGUGCAUCAGAGGUAACACCGCAUUGUUACAAUGUCAGCGUGAUUUUUUGUACGACGCUGAAGCAAAGUACUGCAAAUUUCAGCCAAAAUUUAUCGAUGUACAAGAAUUCACACCUCAUGGUGCAUAUGCACAAGGAUGUACCGCCGAAUGUGUGGUAUGCAUUUCUGGCCUAGCAAUUUAUACCGCUGAUUGUAGCCUCUUAUUGAUUGAUUGUUCCGAUAAACCGAAUGGUCCUGUUUCAUCAGGAUGUUCAUCUAAUUUCCAGUACUGCACUGAUGGCAAACUUGAACAGUAUGCUUGUCCUGUGAACUUUAAAUUUGAUAAUGCAAUCCAGAAAUGUCUUCCAGAAUUGAGUCCUAUUCCAAUGUGGUUGGUUGUGGCAGAAGAACGAUGUGAAGACACGCAUUGA